AUGCAGAACGAAAUGCAUUCCCAGCGAAGACAAUCUGAUUGGCUAUUCAGGAAACUUAGGGAAGUUAUGAUAGAAGAGUGCUAUCAGUAUAGGAAUAGCGAGCAGCCGCAGCUAGAUGCCGUCUUCAAUGCGAAGCAAUGGGAGCAGUUUGUCAACAUGGCACAAUCCAAGAUCAGGAUAAGUAAGCAGUGCCUCGCUUCGCUUGUUAGGACAGCUGAGUAUUGGGGAAUGAACAAGGUCCAGUACUAUGAGUGGGCGUCAAUGGGCGUCAAGUACUGCGAUGUGCUGGUCACUGCUGCUUCUCAAAAUCCUGUCUGGGAGGAGGCCCGCGUCAAACUAAAUCAGCUGCUGUUGAGAAGGAUCGCCGAAGGGCGUUUUCUAAGGACGACUGCAAAUCCCAUUUACCUACUCGAUCUAGAGCACCUUAUAGCCUGGACAGACAAGACCAACUUUGAGAAGAGAGGCCGCAGAGCGUACACUUUAAAGUAUGAGCCGAUUACCGAAUCCGAUCUACCAGUUGGUUAUGGGCUUGACCAAUUCGGGCUUAUUAAGCACCAAAUCAUCUGCACAAAGGCGAGAAUGAAUUCACGACAACUACAACAGCCCCAUCUGACAGUUGUCCUUCUCAACAAUGUUCUCGUAGCUGGCAAGCCUUGCAGAUUGCGACGUUACUAG